GACUUCCAUACUGGCAAAUCUAUCAGGCAUUCUAACUUUGGGUCUAGGUGACGCUAUGGCAUCUAUAGUUGGUAAACGUUAUGGUCGUAAACGUUGGCCAGGAACAUCAAAAACGGUUGAGGGGACCUUUGCGUUUAUCAUAUUCCAUUUAUUGGGAGCAUUUGCAGUGACUCGUUUAUGGUCAAAGAAUAAUUUGUUAUCAGGCAUAGAAGAGUGGUUAUAUUAUACACUCGCUGUAUCAAUUACGG